UCAGAUCACAUGCAUCAUCUGGCCUCUCAACCUCAUUGAGACAGAGAGAGAGAGAGCAAUGGAUGGUCGACAUUUUUUCCAGGCUAAAACGAAGGAGAUGAACAGUAUAAAAACGAAGAGAGAAGGGGGGUGAAAAGGGUUGGAUUCACCUGUUCACAGCGAACCCUAAUCUCCCCCGCCGACGAUCCGACGACGUUUUCCGCUUUUUGCCCUCAGUUGCUCUCCAACUGAGGGAAGUUCUUGGGAUUUGUCGAAAGACGAAACAUCCUCCAUUUUGAAUAGAUAUUGUUGUUGUUCUUUCGGAAGUGUGUGUCUGAGUAAGAUAAGAUGGAGGGAGGUCAUACGAAAGCUGAUAAGACGGAGUUCACCGAAUGUUGGCGGACGACAUGGAAGACGCCUUAUAUUAUGAGGCUUGCGCUCUCAGCUGGAAUUGGUGGAUUGUUGUUUGGCUAUGACACAGGCGUCAUUUCUGGGGCGUUGCUCUAUAUAAAGGAGGAAUUCGAAACCGUCGACAAGAAAACAUGGCUACAGGAAACUAUUGUGAGUAUGGCUGUUGCUGGAGCUAUCGUUGGGGCUGCUGUUGGCGGGUGGAUCAACGAUAGAUUCGGGAGGAAGGUAUCCAUACUUCUCGCCGACGUCCUGUUCUUUUUCGGUGCGAUCGUCAUGGCCGCUGCUGUAGCUCCAUGGAUGCUCAUCAUUGGAAGAAUACUCGUAGGUUUAGGCGUUGGAAUGGCUUCCAUGACUGCGCCUCUCUACAUUUCCGAAGCUUCUCCUGCUAGGAUAAGGGGUGCUCUUGUUAGCACAAACGGUUUGCUCAUUACCGGAGGGCAAUUCUUGGCUUAUCUCAUUAAUCUGGCCUUCACUCAUGCACAUGGGACUUGGCGUUGGAUGCUCGGGGUAGCCGGACUUCCUGCCCUUGUUCAAUUCAUCCUCAUGUUCAGUCUGCCAGAGUCUCCUAGGUGGCUCUACAGAAAGAACAAGAUCAAUGAAGCUAGGAGUAUCUUGGCCAAGAUUUAUCCUGCCAAUGAGCUUGAGGACGAAAUGAGAGCCCUGCAAGAAUCUGUUGAAGCUGAAAAAGCUGAUGAGAGCAUCGUUGGAGAGAGUAUGAUCGCCAAAGUGAAGGGUGCUUGGAGUAACCCAAUAGUCCGAAGAGGAUUAUAUGCUGGAAUUACGGUUCAAGUGGCUCAGCAGUUUGUGGGAAUUAACACGGUCAUGUAUUACAGUCCGACGAUAGUUCAAUUUGCUGGGUUUGCUUCGAACAGGACCGCUUUGGCUCUCUCUCUCAUAACUUCCGGCCUCAACGCGGUUGGUUCUAUUGUGAGCAUGGCAUUUGUUGAUAGAUAUGGACGGAGAAGGUUGAUGCUCAUCUCCAUGUUUGGCAUUAUCUCUUGCUUGGUCGUAUUAUCUGCCUUAUUCUGGCAAGCGUCUGUACACGCCCCUGCUAUUGGUAAGCUGGAAUCUAACCACUUUGGUGGAAACACUACGUGUCCCGCUUAUUUGUCGGCUCCAGAUGCAGCCUCAUGGAACUGCAUGUCUUGCUUGCAUGCUGAUUGUGCAUUUUGUUCCGAUGGUACAAGUAAGUAUCAACCUGGAGCAUGCCUGAUUUCUGACAAAGGAAUAAAGAGCAUGUGUCGAGACGACCGAAGGAUAUGGUUCGAGCAUGGCUGUCCAAGCAAAUUCGGAAUAUUUGCCGUCCUUCUUCUUGGGUUGUACAUCAUUUCUUAUUCGCCUGGGAUGGGAACCGUGCCGUGGAUCGUGAAUUCGGAGAUCUACCCACUGAGGUAUCGAGGCACCGGGGGAGGAAUUGCAGCGGUCGCUAACUGGUGCUCGAAUUUAGUCGUGAGCGAGACGUUCUUGACCUUGACGAAGGCUCUUGGCUCAGCCGGCACCUUCCUCCUUUUCGCCGGGUUUUCCUUCCUCGGCCUCAUCGCCAUCUUCCUCUUGGUGCCGGAAACCAAAGGGUUGCAGUUCGAGGAAGUUGAGAAGAUGCUGCAAGAGGGAUACAAGCCCAAGGCUUUUAAGAAAAGGAACUCCAAAGUUGAAGGGUCUUCUUGAACUGUUCUCUUCUUCUUUAUUAAAGGCAAUUUGGCUUGACUGCAUUGGUGUGGAUCUCUUAGGAGAACUCUCUUAUCUUUCAGUCAGUAAAUAAACAACUGGUUUUGAUUAUAUGGUAAUUUAGCAAGUAAGGUGUAAAAUAUAUACCUUUAGUUGAAAUAAUAAUAUUUUGAUUUUAUGGUAA